AUGUCGCGGCGUACCGAGAGUGGGCGAGGCCGCAUUCGAGAUAUUAUCCCCCAGCUCUACCUUGGAAGAUGGAUACCAGGGGCUCUCAACUCCAUUACCGACGUUCCGGGAGUCUUGGUCCAUACACCAUCCAUCGAGCCUGACAAUGACGUCCAUACCGGCGUUACCACCAUUCUGCCGCGGAAAGACUGGCACAAGUACACGAGUCUCGCUGGCAUGUUCCGGUUCAAUGGCUGUGGUGAGAUGACAGGCGCGCAUUGGCUCAACGAGACCGGCCAACUUAGUUCACCCAUCAUUAUUACAGCGACUUCCUCGGUCGGAGAAGGAUACCGCGGGGUCACCGAGUAUGUUUAUCGAUAUCACCGCAACGACGACGCGGAAUUGAUGGAAACCUAUGACGGCUACUUGAGCGAUCCAGCGAGGUUCGUCGUCACCCCAGAGCAUGUGAUGGACGGUAUCAAGAAGGCGACAGCCGAUCCAGUUCCUGAGGGCAACACUGGCGGCGGCACGGGUAUGAUUUGCCACCGCGUCAAGGGCGGAACCGAUUCCAGUAGCCGCAUCCUCGAGGGCUACGAUCUCGUUGGGCGGACUGUGAACUACACUGUGGGCGUCCUAGUUCAAGCCAACUACGGUGCAGUGGAAAGUCUUCGUAUAGGUGGAGUGCCUGUUGGGCAGAUCCUGGCGAGGGAAGGAAAGGCCCAAAAAGGGAAGUGCCGAAAGUGUCUCAACUAA